AUGGAGAGAAUUCAAGAAGAUAUAACAAUUCAAAUGCGAGCGAUUUUGGUAGAUAGGUUGGUUAAAAUAGCUCAAGUGUAUGAAUUUGUGGAAGAUACACUUUAUCUUACUGUCUCUUACAUUGAUAAAUUUCUUUCGUCGAAAUCUGUUCAUCGACAAAGACUUGAAUUGCUUGGUCUUUCGUGUAUGUUUGUUGCGGCAAAGUACGAGGAAAUUGAUCAUCCUAGUAUGGAAGAGUUUAGUUGUAUAACGAAUAAUGCUGAAUUGAGUUUACUGGAUUAUCGUUGUAUCAAGUUCUUGCCGUCUAUGGUUGCCGCUUCGGUUGUUUUUCUUUCGAAAUUCACAAUGCAGCCUAAGAUCCAUCCUUGGAAUUCAGCUCUGCGAACUUACUCAGGUUAUGGCUCAUUUGAUCUCAAGGAUUGUGUUUUAGCUAUUCAUGAGUUGCAGUUGAAUAAGAAAUGGGGUUCUUUGGUAGCAGUAAGAGAUAAGUAUAAACAGCACAAGUUCAAGUGUGUUGCAUUGUUGAUUUCUCCCUCAGAAAUCCCAUCGACUUACUUUGAAGAUGUCAUUCUUUGA